UAGUCUCGAUGGCAUCACUAAAUGCCACUCGGAAACGGAAUAGGCAACCCCCAUAGCAUCAUGAAUAAUGAAGCAUCGUUAUCCGCUGUCGACUAAAGUCAUUCAGGCAGGAAUUUUAAAUUGAUGAAGUUUCAUGUUUGAAACUCGUCUCACAUCAAAGCCCCACUCAACGCAGAAUAAUAAAUGACAGCUGCGGAGUCAGUAUUGUACAACAGCUCGAUGAGACAUGAGUCGAAAAGAAUCGCAAGUUGAGAAGAAAAACGUCUUCCCGAUAGAUAAGAGUUAUUUAUACUUCACUCUCAAUGUUUUAAGCUGUCUUGGUAUAUGGAAUCCAUACAAGGAGAAGGGGCGCAAGUACUGGCUCUAUCAACUGUACAUUAUGUACUACUGCGUUGUAAUAAUGAUGUUGAGAAUACUAACUGUAUUGGUGCGGGCACUCAAUUCGACAAAUUCAACUCAGUUCUUUCAAGAAUUCUCAUUACUAGCUGUUUUAAUCUGUGAUGCCAUUAAAGGUUUCACAUUUAUAUUCCAUCGACCUGAAGUGUUGACGAUUCUUGGUAUAUUCAAUUGGGAGCGACACAUCUUAGGAACAGAACAAAUUAAAUACUAUAGGAACAAAGUAAUAACGACAGCGAUGCUGGCGUCAAAGAUAUUCACCAUCGCUGUUGCAAUUUUUCUCACGAAUUACUUCCUCUUUUAUUUCUACGUCAUUUGGAAAUAUUCGGAUUAUGAUGUGAAAAAGUUGCCGAUAGGUUCACCACCUCUUAAAUAUUGUUUCAUACUGACAAACUACUGGGUGGCCCUUGGCAUUGAUUUUGUGAUAUUCACUGCCCUGGGAUUGAGUGCAGUUUGCCAUGAUGCUUUCAUCAUGGGAGUGUUGAUUAAUCUGAUGGGACAGCUGAAGAUACUCAAUUUUCGGGUAGAGAAGAGCUCCAUGACGAAUUUGAUCAAAAGUUCUGAUGAAGAAGUCGAGGAGAAUUCCAAGUUUACUCAGUUUGAGUGCGUUGAAAGGGAGUGCAAUGAUGAGUCUGUAAAGCUUGAUCCCAAUGAAGAGCUCAUCAACUGCAUCAGACAUCAUCAACAGCUUCUAAAGAUAUUAGACAUAUUCAAACAUAUAUACAACAUAGUACUUCUACCUCAAUUAUCCGUUAGCUUGAUAUUGAUCAUCAUCAGUGGAUUACAAAUGAUCCUUGUCAAAGACGGAGGGAACCUUGAUGGUACACUGGUGGCUGUGGUUUUCUGUAUAACAGCUAUCAUUCAACUUUUUGCGUUCUGUUGGGGUGGCAACAUCAUCCUCGUUGAGAGUGACAAAACAAGUUUUGCCAUUUAUUCAUCCCAGUGGUAUGAUCGAGACCUGGUAUAUCGAAAUAAUGUUAAAAUAUUCCUCAGUCUCGUGAGGAACCCUCUCAUUGUCAGUGCUGGUGGCCUCUUUGACUUGUCAGCUGUGACUUUCAAAAAUAUUUUGGCUAAAGCAUAUUCAGGAGUUGCAGUGCUACAAAAUGUACAAGAUUAAUGGCAUUGAAUUGGAAUUUGAAUAGUGUCCUUUUAGGUUAAAUAAUUCUUUACGAGCGAUUGCACGACGAAUGAAUGAAUAAAUGUGACACCUUUGAGU